AUGGACAAUGAUAAACAACCACUUACCCUUCAUUCCUCCUCCCGGAUAUUAUCAUCCUCAUUAUCCUUUUUCAUGUCAACAUUCUUCUUCUACAUUGUUCUCAUCUCGCUAGCUAGCACCACAUUCGCGGCCCCAACAUCCUUCAACCCGAAGGACAACUUCUACAUUGCGUGUGGAAGCAAUGACAAGGUAACAACUCCUGACGGAAAAUCCUAUCAAUCCGACCAAGAAGCACAAGGCUUUCUUUCGGCAGAAGACAAAUACUUGGUUUCUGACCCAAAUGCAAAUGUCCCUUCUAAAAUAUAUACCUCCGCAAGAGUCUUCUUAAAAGAUGCAACAUACACAUUUACAUUACAAGACUCUGGUUGGCAUUGGGUUCGCCUACAUUUCCUCCCUAUAAAAACUGAUGUUUUCAAGUUAGAGACAGCAAGUUUCAAUGUUUUUACCAAUGAAGUAACCUUAUUACAUAGCUUUAGUGCUACAAACAUCACCAAAAAAGAGUACCUCAUCCAUGUAAAAUCACAGAGUUUUUCUAUCAAAUUUGAGCCUCAAAAAAACUCAGCUGCUUUCAUCAAUGCCAUUGAGGUUACAACCGCACCAGAUAAGUUGAUUGGUGAUUCUGGCCAAUCUUUAUCUCCUGUUGGCCAAUAUGAUGGCUUGGAUCACAACUCACUCGAAACAAUGUAUCGUGUCAAUGUAGGUGGAAGUCGAAUCACAGCUGAAAAUGAUACAUUGGGUCGAACUUGGGUGCCUGAUGAAGAUUACAUCAAGAAUAAACCUAUGUCUAAAAAUGUGAAUGUUCAAACCUCUAUUAUUAAGUACCCUGAAGGGGUCACCCCUUACAUAGCACCACAAACUGUAUACUCCACAGCAGCUGAAAUGGCUGAUGCAAACACCAUGGAGCAAAGCUUUAAUAUUACAUGGGAUUUUAAUGUUGAAAAGUCUUAUUCUUACUUAGUAAGAUUACAUUUUUGUGAUAUAGUAAGUACAGCUUUAAAUGACCUAUAUUUCAAUGUUUACAUUAAUGGAAAAAGUGCCAUUUCUGGGUUGGAUUUAUCUUCAUUAACUGGAAAACUAGCAACACCUAAUUUCCAAGACAUUGUUGUAGACUCUUCUUUGGUAGAUCAAGACAAAGUUUCAGUACAAAUUGGACCAGCAAAAAUAGAAUCUGGACCUAAAAACGCUAUCCUUAAUGGGGUCGAAGUGUUCAAGAUGAACAACUCAGUAAGUAGUUUGGAUGGAGAAUUUGGUCCAGAUGGAAAGGCUAUGAGUGAUGGUAAACACAAGAAGACAGUCGCCGCAGUCGGAUUUGCUAUGAUGUUUGGUGCCUUUGUUGGGUUGGGAGCAAUGGUGAUCAAGUGGCAUAAGAGGCCUCAAGAUUGGCAAAGAAGGAAUAGUUUUUCAUCUUGGUUGCUUCCUCUUCAUGCAGGGGACUCUACUGUGUUUGGUAAGAGUAAUUAUGGGUCUCAUAAGAGUAGUAUCUUCUCAACUGGUGGACUUGGUCGUAAAUUCACCUUUGACGAGAUCAAAGAGUCUACCAACAACUUUGAAGCUAGUGGUGUCAUUGGUGUUGGAGGAUUUGGCAAUGUCUACAUUGGCUUCUUGGAUGGCAAUCAGGUAGCAGUGAAGCGAGGCAACCCUCAAUCAGAGCAAGGAAUCAAUGAGUUCAUGACCGAGAUACAAAUGUUGUCUAAGCUACGCCACAAGCACUUGGUGUCGCUGAUAGGUUACUGUGACGAGAACAAUGAGAUGAUCCUCGUGUAUGAGUACAUGUCUAACGGACCCUUACGUGACCACCUCUAUGGCAAGAACAUGCCCCCAUUAUCAUGGAAGCAAAGACUCGAGAUUAGUAUUGGAGCUGCUCGCGGACUCCAUUACCUUCACACAGGGUCAGCUCAAGGAAUCAUCCACCGAGAUGUCAAGACUACAAACAUUCUCCUAGACGAAAACUUUGUUGCAAAGAUGGCCGACUUUGGUCUCUCUAAGGACGGCCCAGGACAACAGGCAGACCAUGUCAGUACAGCAGUUAAAGGUAGUUUCGGGUAUCUUGAUCCAGAGUAUUUCAGGAAACAACAACUUACCGAUAAGUCAGAUGUAUAUUCAUUUGGAGUGGUGUUGCUCGAGGUUUUGUGUGCUCGCGCUGCCAUUGAUCCAACCUUGUCUAGAGAUCAAGUUAACCUUGCUGAAUGGGCGAUGAAUUGGAAGAGGAAAGGUAUGCUAGAAAAAAUCCUUGAUCCAAUCUUAGUUGGGUCAAUUAAUCCAGAAUCCAUGAAGAAAUUUGCUGAGGCAGCAGAAAAAUGUCUUGCUGAGUAUGGAAGUGACAGACCUACAAUGGGUGAUGUACUAUGGAAUUUGGAGUAUGCUUUGCAACUUCAAGAGGCCUCAGCUCAAGGAAAGACAGAAGAUAUUCCUACAAACGUGAAUCCCACUGCACCAGCACCAGCACCGGCACCAGGUGCAGGUACAGCAGUGGACACAGCCCCAGAAACUCGUCCUAGCGCAAUCAUUCCCGAGCAGACACAAGCAAUUGAUGAACGGUCUGGAACUGCUUUACUAGCCCAAUUUAACAACCUCAGUGGAAGAUAGAAAGAACACACGAAAUUCUCGAAAAACUCGAAUAUUUGUAAAGCAAUGCUCAUGUACAGAGGCUUUUGAUGACUAUUGAUGAAGGUGGUUUUGUUUUCGGUGUGUUUUUCGUAUAUGAAAACAAUUCAAUGGUGUUAUUUAGUGAUGUUUAUAGAAAACUUACUUCUAAAGUUAUGGGGCUGUGUAAAUUUACAUGCAGUAAUUACUUAAUAUGUUUAUUUGCCUUGAUUGAUCAAUGUACAUAUGUCAAGUGAUAUGAGAGGCGAAUGAAAGUUUGUAUUGAGAUUUUUCCCAUGUUAAAAAUUAUUAUCAUC